AUGGAUGCUACCACAACCGCCAGCAGGAGGGAUCUCGGAGACGCCAAAGACAAGGAAGCCGCCCCGGGCUCCUCGAUGAGCUCUCACGCUGCCUCUGCUCCUCAGCGGACGCCAUCGACAUCCAGCAUAAGCAAGAUGGCUCAUCGCCAGAGCUUCGCCGAGAACCUGCGCAAUGUCCCCCCCUCUCCACGUCAUCGCCACCCGUCCUUGACUCAAGCCGCUGUCCAGGAGCUCCUCAACCACCCUCCGUCAGGUAAUAGACACGUAAAUCCCAAGUUUACGGGUCGGGAAUGGCGCGACAUUUCCAUUGGGGAAAUGGUCUCUCCCGACGACGUUUGGUGGGUCGAGAUGGACAGCAGCGUCGAGGAAGCUACCAAGAUACUACUCAAGAGUAACACCAACGUCGUUUUGGUUCGAGAAGAUAUGACAGCCCCCAAUGCCGUAUCUACUUUCGACUACAGUGACCUCAACGCCUACCUGCUGGUUGUUGUCGGGCUGUCUAGGCCGGAUGGCGAUCAAGUUCAACUAUACAACGGCAUCAUGGCAAAGGCCCAGCAUGGAACGCCGAUUUCGGUUCGAGAAAUCCAGCCACUCUGCCGACAAGAGCCUCUCAUCAAUGUCACUUCGACCGGGAACUUAUCUCAAGCCAUCGAGAUUCUGGGCAGUGGCAUUCACCGGCUGAUGGUCACCAGUCCCUCGGGUGGCGUGAUAGGUGUCCUGAGCCAACUGCGACUGGUCGACUUCUUUUGGAACGAGGGCAUCAAUUUUCCCGCCGUCGACCGACUGUAUCCGGCCCCUCUGCGUGACUUGGGGAUCGGAACCCAGCACAUCAUAUCUGUCAACUCCGACGCUCCACUUUCGGAUGCUCUGACGCUCAUGAACGACGAGGGCCUGACGAGUAUCGCAGUGGUAGAUAACGGCCAAAACGUGGUUGGAAACAUCUCAUCGAAGGAUGUUCGACAUCUAACCACGGCGUCGCGGGCCCCAUUGCUCAACGGGACGUGCAUGCAUUUUAUCUCCGUCAUAUUGAACGAGAGGGGCGUGGAGCAGGGCCAAGAUGCCUUUCCCGUCUUCUACGUCGGCCCCUACUCGACACUCGCGCACACCGUCGCCAAGCUUGUCGCGACGAGAUCACACCGCAUGUGGAUUAGUUACGUGACCGGCGCGCCGGCCACGACGGCGGCGCCUCCGUCCCCCGUCCCGUCAAUGGCUGUUUCGGCGUCUGCCCUGGCGGGCGCACGUCUUUCGGGCAAGCUGAGCGGCGUCAUCUCCCUGACGGACAUUCUCAACAUUUUUGCGAAGUUCACAGGGCUUCAUCCCACAGACCCGGGAGAGCAACGGGCCCGACGACGGAGGAGCUCCAGCAGCUCUGUGCGCCCGAGUCUAGAUUCUUCGCGAGCGAGUUUCGAUAUUCGACGGUAA